AUGGUUUACAACACCGUCCUAAUUCCUGCAGCCACGUCUACCGAGAACUUGCAGGCCCUUGAGGAGGUGAAGGAUUUCUUCACUACUGAUCUCGGCCGCGGCGGCAAUGAGCGGUGGAUCUACCACAUUUUGCCUGAAGAGGUUCUGGAUUCGAAGCUCGUCGAGCUAGCAGACCCACAAACUCGGUCGAACAUCGACAUCAUUACUUUUCAGUCUUGCGAUGCUUAUGAGUCGCUCAAUCAAGACCGCUUUUCGGCCGAAGAUUGGGACCUACCCGGCGGCCGGUGGUCUUUUAACGCUAUCUACGAUGGACACUGCGGUCAUGAUACAGUCGAAUAUGUGCAAAGCAACUUCCCGUCCUUGGUGAAGGCCUCCUUGGAACGAUUGCUUCAGACAUCUGGACCUGGAUACCUAGUUGAUCCUUCACAAGUAUCGCGCGUUCUGUUCAAAGCAGUCCAGCAAGUAGACCAGUCGAUAGUUGAUGCGCUUUUUCGCCUGUUUCCUCAGUCUCAGCUGGAGCAGAUGUCCGAGGAUGAGGUGGAACAGCAUUUGCAUCAGCAUCAGUCAGAAUGGAGUGACUUGGCAGCUCGAUGUACCCAAGGCAGUACCGUCCUUGCGGCACUUUCUGAUCCGUCAAGGUGUCACUUGUGGGUAGUAAACCUUGGGGACUCGCAAGCAGUCCUGGGACUUCGGUCGCCCGAAGCUGACAAUGGGUGGUCAACGAAGGCGCUCAGUUCAUCGCACAAUGGAAAUAACCCAGAUGAGCGGCAACGUGUGGCCCAGGAGCACCCCGGAGAACCGCAUUGUCUAGCCGAUAACCGUUUGAUUGGAUAUCUCGCACCAACUAGAGCAAUUGGUGACACUUGGCUAAAGAUCCCAGCUAUAUAUACACAAAAACUAUUUUCCCGGCACUGUUCAGACUGGCUUUCGCUUCCCCGUUCUCAACUAUUUGCGUCUCG